CAGAUUGUCCUCUAGAUGGAUACGGACAGACUUGUCUGUGCCUUCGACAAGUCCAAAAGCAUGUAAGUUUAUGGCAGGUUGUGGAAAGCAUGUAAGAAGGAUUAUCUCUGCAUCUGAUCUUCUGGACGAUGCUACGCAAGGCACAUUUAUUUCAUAACAGAGCGGACGAUGAGAAUGUGGACUCCGGAGCCGAGACGGCAGAGUCGUCGGACUACAGCAAACUGUCAUCCAGCUGCGGUGAGCUGAUGGCAGUGCCGUCUCCGGAGCUCCCUCCGGUCACCAUGCACCUGCUGGCCAACCCCGGCGACUCGCUGCUGCUCCAGUACACCCUGGACCGCCUGCUCAAGUGGGUGAGCCCGGGCAUGCGCCUCUUCCACGUGUCGGAGCGCGCCAGCCCACUGCGGGGCUACGCCCGGCCGCACCUGUGCCCGUCCGCCGGCUACCCGGCGCUGGCCAUCACCCUCUUCCUGCACGAGGCGUACGGCGAGGAGCGCAUCCUGCGCGUGCUAGACUUCCUGCAGCGCCCGCCCUGGCAGUACCACCACACAGAGAGCGGCGGCCCGCGAGCCUCGGCCGGCAUCCACAUCACGUCCAGCACGACGCCCAGCAAUGCCCUGCUCAGGCCGUACCUGCUGCCCAGCCGUGACUUCUACAGCCUGGGCGCGGGGAUGCCGGUGUGGGGGGUGCGCCCGGUGCACUGUGGGGGCGAGGUGGUGCGCCUGACCCUGCACAGCGCCUACGACAACUACGAGGACGCAGUGCGCCUCUACGAGAUGGUGCUGGGCCGGCGGGCCGAGGAGCAGAAGGCCGGCUUCUGCUGGUUCACGCUGGACGGGCCGGGGCCGCACCAGGGGCGGGAGUACCGGGGCGAGUACGCGCCCCAGCUUCCUCCACUGCGCGCCGUCACCCUCCAGCUGGCGCUGAAGCAGCUGCAGCCGGGCGUCCGCGUGCAGCCCUGCGGCUCGGCAGUGCUCCAGUUCAGCGCCGGGGAGAUCGGGCAGCUGGUGCCGCUGCUACCCAACCCCUGCUCGCCCAUCAGCGCCACCCGCUGGCAGACCGAGGACCUGGACGGCAACAAGAUCCUCUUUCAGGUGAAAGGAUGUGUCCAGGCACAGCGCCCCCUGGUGUCGGCCUUCCCCCUGACCCCUGCCAACCUGCCCGUCUCCCGAGCGGGCAUCCCGAGGAGCUCCACGGUGCCCGCCGGCCUCUCCCCCACCGGCCGGCUGGCGCAGCUGAGAGAGAGUCGGGCGACUGGGGGCCGAACGCGGGCCGAGCCUGGGCCGUAUGCGCCGCGGCAGACUGGAGGCGGGGGUGGGGAGAGCGUGGGCUCGGACAGCUGCUGCAGCACCCCUCCGGGCAGCUCCUGCUACUCGUCCCAGCGCAGCAGCCCUGCGCCUGCCCCUGCGCCCACGCCUGCCCACCCGCCCGGCUCGGCACAACCUCUCCACCUCCACCACCACCACUCCUCCUCGUCCUCCUCGCUCUCCUUCCUGCUCCUGGAGGAGGAGGAGGAGGAGGGAGGAGGAGGAGGAGCCGAGACCAACGUGGACACAGGCUGUGCGGUGGUGUCGUCCUCGCGGGUCGAGAGGCCGGCCGCCGUGGGGGCCUCAGCGUUGGAGACGCUGGCCAGGGAGCUGAGCCGCUGCCUGCCCGACCCGCACACGCCCCCACACGUGGCUCCGCACGCGCCCCAGCACGCGGCAUGCAUCAGCAGGAUGUGGCCGCCUGGGUCUCCGGCCGGCGUCGAGCAGGCGGCAGAGGUCACGGCGGCGUCUCCAGGAGAUGCGUGCAUGACCCCCGGCAGAGACGUCCGGACCACAGAGGAGCGGACAGCAGGGGGGGACCCGGGGCCGUCUCUGGGGCAGAACCGCACGCUACAGGCCGAUGAGUUCUUCAUCUGACCGGUUAGUCACACAGAAGGGUCAUCCUCCAGGGGUCCUCUUUAUCUAGAUCUGCCCUCUGAGCGCCCUCAGUUAGCGGGGCAGAGGUGUGGCCAAGGGUGGAGUAUUUGUGAAGCGGGUUUGGGUGCAGAAUAUCAGAAUCACAACUGAACUCAUUCGGAGCCAGAUGUCAUGUGCCAGUGAGGGAGGGAGUCUUCCCUGUGAAGGAGCGGACAUCUCUGGACGUCUCUGGCCAAAGUUCAAGCAGACGUGGCUGUAAGGCUGUAAGGCAACGCAAAACCCCAGGGUCAAGAUAUGGAGGGUUAGCUUCAGACAGUUAGCCUCCCAGCUGGCCGCAACCAUGUGCUCACUUGGUUCCACUCACAUCUUCACAAACAAGCCAAUCAGGUGCCACAUUACUGAAAGCCACACAUUAUGUCGUCCAUGUGGAUUGGUGGUUGAGCUGGCAAUUUCCUGCUGGGACGAUCAGCCAAUCCACAUGAAUGACACAAAUUAUGCACAUAAUUGUCCACAAAUUACCGGUAUGUCGUCCACGUGGAAUCAGUUGAUCCUCCCUGCAGGAUAUUGCCUGCUUCUAAGUGCAAUACCAGCAUUUCCAGCAGGAGGCGCUCUGCUCUCCUCCUUUAAUUACAUGAGGGGAGGCCACUCAGGGUCCAGGGUAGGAGGGAGCCCACACAAACUGGCCUUUGCAUCUGGGCUAACAAGAGACUGGUUUAUGUGUGCUCCACAUAGGGUUUUAUGUCUCAUCAUUACUGAAGUAUUCCCGUCCAUUUGUGUACCCCUUUAACAAGUAGGUAAAUAUGAGAAAAUAUCUAAAUGAAUGUAUCUGUCAGUAUAAACAAGACGCAGUCAAAUAUCACUUCGACAGACUGAAAUACCAGACUUCUGUCAAUGAUAUAAUAAUGGAAAUAUUUUGACUCCAUAGAUGACGUAAGUGUUUAUUUCUAUGUUUGGCACAAUGAUGACACUCUGAUAGUGACUAUCCGGUUAGGUAGUGCUUAGGUAGGCCAGUGAGCUGCCUGCUCAGAAAAAUAGGUGCUUGCACACUGCUCCAAACGCCAACAAACCCCAACAUUCAAAAGUUGGCAGUUGUUGGUUGCAGUCUUAUGAGCUCCCAGCUCAAUACUGUUUAGACAGCGAUAGAAAGGAAUGACUUUUGGACAUGUCGAACUCGGAACAUCUCCAUGCAACAAACACAGACUGAUAUAUGGCUGGUGUUUGUUGGAGUUGGUUAGUGUUUGUUUAAGCAGUGUCCAAGCACUUUAUAAGAGCGCAGUGCUUCCACCCUGACAGAAUCCCUCCAUACCCCCAGUGAUUUUACUAGGCAACUUUCAGCAGAGUAAAACAAUGCAGAGUGUGUUGGCACGAACCAUCGUCCAGUCAUCGUGUGAGAUGUGUCCAGAUGUGAAGUGUUAUGAAAGGAUUUCCAGUGAAAUCAGCCAUGAUGGUGCCUAAUGUUACAACUUUGUGAGAUGUCUCCACUUGUGAAGCGUCUGUUAUGGGGGAUGCCCAAAAACAUGGCCGAUGUACUCAUCAGCCCUGUGUUCAAUUUCUGUGCUGCACAGAACUGCAUUGCAUGCUGGGAGACCAGUCCCAUAAUCCAUCAGAUCACUAACAGACUUGUGUCUACCUGUGGUAAGAGACGGUGCUGAGGAUGGGUUCUACAAACCCAUCGGCUAGCUAGAAUACCUUUUACAAAACAACCCCACUGAUUAUAGGGGUUAUAAUAUGAGUUUGAAUGUGAUAGUGAGAGGCUAUGCUUUGGGUUUCCCAAUUGUGUUUAACUUUGUAAUGAUUUUUUAUGAUACCUUGGCAAAACAUUCUUUUGGUAAUUGAAUGGACAAAUUUAUAUCAAAUGGGAGUAUCAAGGAUUUUGAUCAAAUCCUUAUGCUUAUGGAUGCUUCCCCAUAUGUAUCUAUGAUUUCCGAUAUAUUGUAUUUACAGUAUAUGAAGAGAACAAACAGGUAGCCCGUAGCGCAUGAUUUAAAGUGGUACAGAUAGCAGUCAUCAAAAAUGACAGCAGGCGUGACCUGUGUAAUCCAUAGUUGAUGUUUUAGUCUAAGCCAGUGGGCCUAGAUCUAGUGCUUUCCUCUGAGGUGGUCCAGGGGAUAUAACCCUUAUCCAGAUGUUUGUCAGAGAGUGUAGGUGCAUAGUGUCAAAGGGAAAUCUGAAUCGAAUGUCAGGGGGACGUUCAAGCUCGUCUCAGAGAGAAGAGAGGACAUAAAGGUUUUGUGCUUCCGCUGAUCAGAAUCUGAUGUAAUCUAAUCCGAUUACAGCUAUAUCUCACCCUAGUCGGGACUAUGUGGGCCUACUACGUCACUUAGUGACAAAAGUUCGGAAAGUUAGCUCAGAGUGGUACGCCUUCAAAAAGAGGAGCCCUAUCCCUUCAUUCUAAAGAAUAGUCAUACGCACUUAGCUUUUUAAGGACUUACCACUGAAGGCCCUUUCACACAAAGUUUUUUUAUUUACACGAAAUCACGCUGGUAAUUAAAUACAUGUUCUUAUUAGUCUUUACACACCUAAGAUGAAAUUUGUUGCGAUGAAAAAGAAAUUAAAAACUGAACGCAUUUCAUCGUUCAUAACCAAAGACACGUGUAUUUAAUUAACUGCAUGUUUUUGUAUGAAAGUUUCAUCUGCAAAUUCGGACUCGGUAUGAAUUUGUAUGAGUUAACAUAAGCAGGUUUGUCACUAAACCGUGAAGUUGGAAGAACUCCCUGGACUGGGCUCACUUCAUGACAGGUCCAGUUCUAGGGUCUUGUCCUGAUGAUCAGGGGCGUAUUCCAAGUACGUGGUUUAAUGAUAACCUGGGCAAGUUAACUCAAGAGUAAGUGAUAAACCUCCUACAGCAAGAGCCCUAUGACAUUGUUUUGUUAGGAGAAUGAAGCCAUACAGCUCUUCUAUUAGGAGAUUUACCACUUACUAUGAGUUAACUUACCCAGGUUUGUCACUAAUAUAAACUAUGUACUUUGAAUACCCCCCAGGUUCCUACUGUCCUUUAUCCACCACUGCAAGAAUGGUGCUCUCGUUCCACACGGGCCGAGCAGCACAGUAGCCAUGUUUGUUGAUUAGGAUCCACAAAAUGAUGCCACCUGCAACUAUCAAUCCACUUCUUUUAAAGCCACUCUGUGAUUUAACAAGACUAGACUGCUGGUGUGUCAUGAAGUGUCAUUAAGUGGUGUCGUGUUGGAUGAGUCCCAGAUAGCAGCUGACUUGGCCACAGAUUCGGGGGUGGGUAUGAAUGGCAUCCGCGCCAGACCAGGGCCAGAUCUACACCGGAUCCCAGCUACGGUCAGCUGCUCUCUUGAGGUUCUCAUGACCUAAUGAAACAUUCCGUUUUAUAUUAAAUUAUUUUAUAAUGUU